AUGGCUUUCUUUCCACGAACCUUCUACAAUACCGAGGCCUCAUUCACGCCUCUCUUCCGCUUGCUCGACGACUUUGACACCUACUCUCGCAGCGGAAGCAACUCAAAUGGCACCACCCGUUCAAACAUCUCGCACUGGCAGCCCAAGUUUGACGUUCGCGAAACCUCGGACGCCUUCCACUUCCACGGCGAGCUGCCAGGCUUGACCAAAGACGAGAUCUCGAUCGAAUUCCCAGAACACCAAAGCAUGACUAUCCGCGGCAAGACCGAGCGCACUUAUAGCUCGGGCACCCCGCCUGCAGGCCUCCUCGAAUCCACCAACAAGGACACGCCUGCUGUGACCGAGGCUGGCGAGCGCCGCAACUCACACCAAGCCACCGUUGAAGACGAGGCUAACGUCGAGAAACCCGACAACAAGGCAGUUGCUGCUCCAGAAAACGACAACAGCAACGCAGUUGCCAAGGCGGAUCAGUCUGCAGCUCCGGCUGACAACUCCAAGUACUGGAUUACCGAGCGCAGCAUUGGCCAGUUCUCGCGCCAUUUCAACUUUCCUUCCCGCAUUGACCAGGAUGGUGUUACCGCCAGCUUGAAGGAUGGAAUCCUGACCAUUGAUGUGCCCAAGGCUAAGAAGCACGAAUCUCGCCGCGUCGCUGUCAACUAA